AUGGGAGAGACUCGAGAUGAUGCUGGGCCAUCAGAGGAAGGACCUUCCUCUGAGAACUGGUGGCCUUCAGAAUUUGUUGAGAGAUUUGGUUCUGUUUAUCUAGGAUCACAAGAAGAGGCCUCUAGUAAUAACAACUCGCCCAGAAAUCUUGGGCAGGAUGGGCUGCCAUCUAAUAGUGCGUCAAAUAUUCUUUGGAGCACUGGUUCGCUUUCUGAGCCGAUCCCAAAUGGCUUCUAUUCUGUGAUUCCGGAUAAUAGAUUGAAACAGCUAUUUAAUAGCAUUCCUACAUUGGACGAUCUUCAUGCUCUGGGUGACGAAGGUCUAAAGGCGGAUGUUAUUCUCGUAGAUUUUCAGAAAGACAAAAAGCUUUUCAGGCAAAAGCAGUUGAUUACAAAACUUGUCAGUGGACUGAACUCAAAGCCGGCUACUAUCAUUAAGAAAAUUGCUGGACUGGUGGCAGAUGUUUAUAAGCAAUCAACUCUGCAGAGCCCGGCAAAAACUACGCAAUCACUUGAAAACUGUGGUAUUCAACUACUAGGACAGAUCAAGCACGGUUCUUGUCGUCCUCGAGCACUUCUGUUUAAAGUGUUAGCUGAUACCGUUGGUCUUCAAAGUAGGCUUGUAGUGGGUUUGCCAAGUGAUGGAGCUGCUGAGAGUGUGGACUCAUACAGUCAUAUUUCUGUUACGGUUCUGCUAAAUUCUGUGGAAAUGCUGGUAGAUCUAAUGCGAUUUCCUGGUCAGCUGAUUCCUUUAUCAACCAAGGCAAUUUUUAUGAGUCAUGUCUCAGCCGCAGGGGAAAGUGAUUCUGCAGAGAAUGACUCUUGCGAUUCACCUUUGGAGCCAAACAGUCCCAUGUUUGGUUAUCCAGAGCGAACUGACCACGAAAAUGCAGAAAAAGAUGAGAACCUUCUGUUGCAUAGGAAACUGGAAGGGGCUCCAAAUAUUUCUGGUCCACCAUCAAGGAAUAUGCUGUUACGAUCUACCUCCGCGCUAGAGAGAAAAUUAAGCUUCUCACAGAGCGAGUCAAACAUGGCUAAUGAGUUUUGGCGGCAGAACCGGAGAAAGGUCAUUGCUGAUCAGAGGACAGCUGGUUCGAGUCCUGAGAAUCUUUCCUUCCGAACACGUACAAGGUCCAUGCUAAGUGGCGAUGCGAACUUGGCACGAGAUUUCACUGGUGAUGUUUCCACAUCAAGCAGCAAAUCUGUUGGAGGAGCGAAAUUGGAAACAAAGAGAAUAAGGAGGAGAAGCAUUAGUAUAACUCCUGAGAUUGGCGAUGAUAUUGUCAGGGCAGUACGAGCGAUGAAUGAAGCCUUGAAGCAGAAUCGCCUCUCAAAAGAGCAAUGUGAUGACGGUUCCUCUCCUAAUUCUCCAAAUGACAAAACCGAGGGCCCUCAUCUCGAGAAAAAUGUCUCUGGUUUCCAUCUUGAUGCUCAUGAUCAAGUUUCUGGUGGAAGGUCGACACUUUCCAGAGAACCACUAGAUCCACAGAAAGCAAUCUCACUACCGUCUUCUCCCCAGAACUACCGAAGCGAAUCAUAUGAACGGAGUGGAUCCUCACGUCAGAAUAUAAGCCACAUCUGGGAUAAAGUAUUGGGAUCUCCCAUGUUCCAGAAUAAGCCAUUGCUACCGUAUGAAGAAUGGAACAUCGACUUCUCCGAGUUGACGGUUGGGACUCGUGUCGGGAUUGGAUUUUUCGGAGAAGUCUUUCGUGGGAUCUGGAAUGGAACAGACGUCGCGAUCAAAGUGUUCCUUGAGCAAGACCUUACAGCUGAGAACAUGGAAGAUUUCUGCAAUGAGAUAUCCAUUCUUAGCCGGCUUAGACAUCCCAACGUGAUACUGUUCCUUGGAGCAUGCACAAAGCCUCCACGGUUAUCGCUGAUCACUGAGUACAUGGAAAUGGGAUCUUUGUAUUAUAUGCUCCAUUCGAGUGGACAAAAGAAGAAGUUAAGCUGGCGGAGGAAGCUAAAAAUGCUGCGUGACAUUUGCAGGGGGUUGAUGUGCAUACACCGGAUGGGGAUAGUACACCGUGAUAUAAAGAGCGCAAACUGUCUAUUGAGCAACAAAUGGACAGUGAAGAUAUGCGAUUUUGGGCUGUCGAGGAUAAUGACAGGCACGACGAUGAGAGACGCAGUCUCUGCAGGAACUCCAGAGUGGAUGGCUCCUGAGCUUAUCCGCAAUGAACCCUUCUCAGAAAAGUGUGAUAUCUUCAGCUUAGGUGUAAUUAUGUGGGAACUCUGCACUUUAACCAGACCUUGGGAAGGAGUACCACCUGAACGGGUUGUUUAUGCGAUUGCUUACGAGGGAGCUCGGCUUGAGAUUCCUGAAGGGCCACUGGGAAAGCUUAUUGCAGAUUGUUGGACAGAACCGGAACAAAGACCGAGCUGCAAUGAGAUACUUUCUCGUUUGCUAGAUUGCGAGUAUUCGCUUUGCUAA